UGUCGCAUUGCGCAAGGCAAACUAAGGUGACUGCAAAAGAGUUAUCAUACGGAACACCUGCAUAAGAAGUAUCUGGCCAUCAAGAACGUUUUCCUGUGGCACAAAUCCCUGAUGAAAAGGAAAACAUCGUUUGCCAGUGAUUCCGCGCUCUUGUCUGCCAGUUUAUCAUUCGUUCAGACGGAAUGUUUCGGAUGAUGAAACCAUGGUUUUGGGUUCUUCAGCAAAAGAAACUGAACCGGAUACUUCAGACGAUGAAGGCGUAGAUGGUACUGCUUCUGCGACGUUGCAGAACUCUGCAGAUAAUAAAGCCAGUCGGAAAUCGGACAUUGUGAGAAUAUGCACUUCACAGCCCAGUGUACCCAUAUUCGGCACGGACAAUUCUUCCAGAGAGGGCAACGGAGCGGACGGGGUUGAUCCGAUUCUCGAAGCGCUUAAGCCUAUUAUUACGUCAAAUAACAAUUUGCCAAAAACUGCCGUGGCACUGGGAGAACGUUUUGCAAAUCUGAGUGGAGAGCUUCUGCAAGAUGCUUGCGCCAAAUGUUAUGAAAAAAUUCCGCAGCUGGGAUGUGCAUCUGAAUCUACUGCUGCAAGUUCUUCAUUGUCCAAUUUUUUUUCCUGUUCCACCUGUGGUUUGCACUUUCACGAGGCCUGCAUUAAUGUUCCAUCAAUGAACACGCGCCAUGGGAAGAAGCAGCAAGUUCCAGCGGAGGGCGAGUGGAAGUGUCCAUUUUGCGCAACGAACUCGCGUAAACGUGCUGCGAAGAACACCGGAGGCCCACGUAAAAAGUGAACACCCGUCGCUGUUGCUAUUAUGCAGUGUUUUAGCUCUUUAUUUUAAUAUACGAUAAUUUAAAAUGUGACCUUUAAACAGCCAUUAUGUUUAAAAGUAUAUAUUUCGAACUGAUUAGUGUUUUAUUUAUUAGACUGAAAUAUUCGCAUUCAAACAAAAUCUUUUGCUUAAUUCAGACUUGGAAUAGUCGUUAUGUACUGAAUGCAGUUUCGCCAUGUUAUGAAUUUA